GAAGCAACCCUGAGCUCCUGUGUGUGUGACGAAGCGAGCGUCAGUGGGACAGAGCCAACCACAGCCGGCGUCAUUUGCACACAAGAAGACUCAUACGACGGUGAUGCCUCCGUAUAGUGGCUCUCUCUUAGAUUCCCUAUGCCUGUGGAAGUCUACACCUGAGCCUGAAUUUGCCUCCACGCUGCUUUGCUUGGAUCCGCUUUAAUGAUCUUAAAUUAAGUGAACGGUGUGGAGAUGCUGUGGAGGGCUAUACUGGUGCGCAAAGGGAGUCUCCAUCCUUCUCCCCACAGAGUGGGAACUGGAUAUGUAGCCAGAGCUUCAGGGGUGUUUCCAGCAUCUGCAUCUUGGAAGUUAUGGUAUUCACACGAUUCUCUGCAUUAACCCUCAGUAAAGCCUCAUAGAUGGUAUUUCUCUGCGCGACUUCAUGGAUUUGGUUCACUGAGAACCAUCAGAAGAACAGAUAUGGCAGUGCCAAAUAUGGUGUUCUCUGACGUGGAAAGUUUUCUGGACUCGCAUCCCGAGUUAUUCGAGGACUACCUGAGCAGAAAGGGGAAUUAUAGCAUGGUGGAGAAAUGGCUCAAGAAUCAUCAGGCGAGCAAAAGUCCGGCAGCUGCUGCUCCCGCCGAGCCGAGGGAAGAGAAGAGCAACGCUUGCAAGGACAGCUGGGCGAGCAAAUGUGACGGUCUGCAACGGAGAGCCUCGCAGAAGGAGCUGCGCAAAACUUUCGCUAGAUCAAAGGCCAUCAAUGUCAACAGGACAUACGACGAGCAUGUUAACUCAAGGGCCCAGGAGCCGCUGACGAGCAUGAGAAGGAGAGCUCUGCUGAGGAAAGCGAGCUCUCUGCCCCCGACCACUGCGCACAUACUGAGCGCACUGCUGGAGUCCAGAGUCAACAUCCCCCAGUACCCGUCCACAGCCGUGGAUUUUAAAUAUUACCUCAAAGAACACAACGAAAGAGAGUUUUUCCUGGAGCUUGUAAAAGACAUAUCUAACGACUUGGAUCUAACGAGUCUCAGCUACAAAAUCCUGGUGUUUGUUUGCAUUAUGGUGGAUGCAGACCGGUGCUCCUUGUUUUUAGUGGAGGGAACCGGAAACAAGAAAACACUAGUGUCCAAAUUCUUUGACGUGCAUGCAGGAACCACAGUUUUACCCUCAAUGAAUUCAGAUGAAGUUCAAGUUCCGUGGGGGAAAGGGAUCAUCGGGUACGUGGCUGAACAUGGAGAGACAGUGAACAUUCCGGACGCCUACCAGGAUCGUCGGUUCAGUGAUGAAAUUGACAAGCUGACAGGGUACAAGACAAAGUCUCUCUUGUGCAUGCCCAUUCGCAACAGUGACGGAGAGAUCAUUGGAGUUGCUCAGGCCAUCAACAAGACUUCGAGUGGAGAACUCUUCACUGAAGACGAUGAAAAGGUGCUGCAGAUGUACCUGCCAUUCUGUGGUAUUGCGAUCUCCAAUGCCCAGCUCUUUGCUGCCUCAAGGAAGGAGUAUGACAGGAGUCGGGCACUCUUGGAGGUAGUCAAUGACCUAUUUGAAGAACAGACUGACCUGGAGAAGAUUGUCAGGAAGAUCAUGCACCGUGCCCAGACGUUGCUGAAGUGCGAGCGCUGCUCUGUACAAUUGCUGGAGGACAUUGAGUCACCGGUGGUGAAGUUCACCAAGUCGUUUGAGCUUCUGUCCCCUAAGUGUAGUGCAGACACUGAAAACAGUUUCAAAGACAGUAUGGAGAAAUCAUCUUACUCAGACUGGCUGAUCAACAACAGUAUCGCAGAGCUGGUGGCAUCCACAGGACUGCCCGUGAACAUUAGCGACGCCUAUCAGGAUCCUCGCUUUGAUGCUGAGGCAGACCAGUUCUCGGACUUCCACAUCCGCUCUGUGCUUUGUGUUCCUAUAUGGAACAGCAACCACCAAAUCAUUGGUGUCGCUCAAGUGCUCAACAGGCUUGACGGGAAACCAUUUGAUGACGCAGACCAGCGUCUCUUUGAGGCGUUUGUGAUCUUCUGUGGACUGGGCAUCAACAACACCAUCAUGUACGACCAGGUGAAGAAGUCUUGGGCUAAGCAAUCUGUGGCUUUGGAUGUUCUGUCUUACCAUGCCACUUGCUCCAAGACUGAAGUUGACAAAUUCAAGGCUGCUAACAUUCCCUUGGUUUGCGAGCUGGGCAUCGAUAAGCUGUCCUUUGAUGAUUUCUCUCUGGAUGUUGACGCCAUGAUAACGGCUGCUUUGAGAAUGUUUAUGGAGUUGGGAAUGGUGCAGAAAUUCAAGAUCGACUAUGAGACACUGUGCAGAUGGCUGCUGACUGUCAGAAAAAACUACAGAAUGGUCCUCUACCACAACUGGAGACAUGCGUUCAACGUCUGCCAGUGCAUGUUUGCCAUGCUAACGACGGCGGGCUUCCAGGAGACUCUGACAGAGGUGGAGAUCUUAGCACUUAUUGUAGGUUGUGUGUGCCAUGACUUGGACCACAGGGGCACCAACAACGCUUUUCAGGCCAAGACGGGCUCAGCCCUCGCUCUGCUUUAUGGGACCUCUGCUACGCUGGAGCACCACCACUUCAACCAUGCUGUUAUGAUCCUGCAGAGCGAGGGUCACAAUAUCUUCUCCAACCUCUCGUCCACAGAGUACAGCGACCUCAUGCAGCUGUUGAAACAGUCCAUCUUGGCCACAGACCUCACACUUUACUUUGAGAACAGAAACACCUUCUUUGAGCUGGUCAGCAAAGGAGAGUACAACUGGAACGUGAAGGCUCAUAGAGACAUGUGCAGAUCCAUGAUGAUGACAGCAUGUGAUCUUGGUGCCGUCACUAAACCUUGGGAAAUAUCACGCAAGGUGGCAGAGUUGGUGACCAGCGAGUUCUUCGAGCAGGGCGACAGAGAGAGAUCAGAGCUGAAGCUCACGCCCUCUGCCAUCUUUGAUCGAAACAGGAAGGAUGAGUUGCCAGGGCUUCAGCUGGAGUGGAUUGAUGGAAUUUGUGCGCCGCUGUACGAGACUCUGGUCAAGUUAAAUCCCAAACUCCAGCCGAUGCUUGACAUGAUCAAAGCUAACAGGGCCAAAUGGGAGGAACUGAACAAGAAGAGACAGCGUGGGCAGAGUGUCUCUGCGCCCGCGAGCCCAUGCAGUGGCGACAGCACAGAAACCAGUAGCUGCACUGUGGCCAAAACCGGCAGCACACCCUGCUGCAGCAGCGAUGCUGAUGGCACAACAUCUAAACCUGUUAGUUAGCUUCUGUUGCCACCUCCGAGCUGAUCUCUUAGGCUUAUACCCUCUUAAAUGCAGCCUGCAACAGAGGCAGUGCAGUGCAUGCAGAGGUUCUUGGGCUCUGCUCCUCUUCGCUUUUUGCUACUAGAGAUGAGCUUUAGACUUGAGUGCGGCGCUAUCAUAGAGGUUUUUCUGCUCCCCUCAGUCUUCCCAUGCUGAAGGCUGACAGAGCUGUGUUUGGCAAGCUUGUCGGAGCAGCUACAAAUCAGCUGAUGACACCAUGUCAGAAAGGAAACUCAAACCACUGUGUCAACAUGUCAACCAGUGAGCUAACACUAACUAUUUCGGGCAUUGCACAGAUUUUCGGCACAACAAGGCAUGAAGAAUAUUGGAGAGGAAUGUUUGCCUCUACUGUGGUUGGUUUUGCUCUCGGUACCUCCUCGUUGCUCGCAUUUUGUCUGGGGUAACAGAGAUAUUUUUUGUAAAUUUGUACAUAGGCUAUUGAGUUAUUUACAAGUGCUGUUUAAAAAAAACUGUAAGCUCUGGAUUGUAAUGUGGCUGUAGAGUUUCUGAAGGAGAAAGGGGUGCAGGAACAGCAGGACCUGUGACAGUGCUUGCAAUGCAAAUUGAGUGCUCCGCUCCCUCCCUUCCUGUGCCUUGUUUUAAGAUCCUAAUGAAAAAUGCAUGGCCUCCUCACCAAGAUUCUUAGAUAGUAUGGAAAUCCAUGUUGAACCAUGACGUAUUUUUGCCAUAAUUUGUAAAACCAAUGACUGCAGUUUUGUCUCGACCCCAUGUUAGACACAAAACACUCACAUUAUAUACAUAUGGAAAUCUAUUUUGCCCAAUUUUAUAAACGCAGGGUCUCACGUGUCACACACACAAACACACACACAAUGUGCCUUGAUGAAGUUGUUCUGGUAUCACAUUAAUUUCUGCAGAAAAAACAUUUAUCUACUGAUUUCACACUGACAGCUGAAACAUAAAGCAAAGUGAUAUAAAUCCUCACUAAACUACAUCUAAAGGAACAGAUCAUAAGUUUUGGAAAUAUGCUUACUUGCUUUCUGUUGAAGAGUCAGAUCAGAUCAAUCCCACUCUAAUGUCUCUCUGUUACAUGUUACAGCCAGGAGCCGGUUAGCUUAGCUUAGCAUAAAGACUGGAAACGGGGAAACAGAAAUUAAAUCUGCCUACUAGCAACUCUAAAACUCAUUAUUUAACACUUUAUCUCGUUUUGUUUUCAUCCAUACAAAACCAAAGUGAACAAAAGACUACUCUCUGUUUUACAAAGGGUUAUGUGUUGGACUAUUUCUUGUCCAUGGCCAGUAAUUUCUUGCAGUCUCCACUGGUUGCCUUUAUCCAGGAAACAGUCUGGCAUAAGACAUAAGACAGGGUUUAAGACACAAGCCUUCAUAAAACACUGAAUAGUCAUUUUUACACAUCAGUUUUUGAACAUUUUAAACAAACGAGAUUCAGUGUGUUAAUUGGUGAGUUUUAGAAGUGCUGGUGGGCGCAUUUUGUGUCUGUUGGACAGAGCCAGGCUGGUUUCUCCAACUGUUCUACAAGCUAACUAGCUAACAACACCUAACUAUCUGUAGCUUUAUUUAAGGGACAGGUAAAAGAUCGAUAUUUUCUCAUCUUACUUUCCCCCAUAAAGCGAAUAAGUGUAUUUCCUAAAAUGUCAAACUUUUGCUUUAAUUUAAUUUUUGGCCUUUUCUGAACGCUCACAAAUGCUACAUAAACAGCUUUUAUAAUCUCUAGAAGACUGAGACACGGAGACUUGUAGGACUGAAGUGCCCAUUUAGUCACAAGCUAUUAAUUUCAUUUUAUUAUUAUUCUAAGUAUUUUUUGGGGGUAGGGGUAUGCCUUAUGAGUUGUGUUGUACCUUUGUUAACUGGAGUUUAAAAUGUGACUGUGCACAUUGUGUGGCAUGGAUCUGUAUUCUCUACUGUAUUUAGUUGAAGAGCUGAAUUGAGGUCAACCAGAAGAAUUUUGAAUUGCAUGUUUUAUGCAGUAUUAGAUUCAACCACUUGCUAAGGAUGUAGCAAACGUGUGAGCCAACAAAUACCUCGUAUUUUGAACUUCAUCAGUAAACACGUUAUCUCAUCGGAAAUGCAUGACUUAAAUUCUAUUGCAUCAUGUUACGUGAAUUAUGAAUAUCGCUGUUCUAUUUUUCUAUUAGGUCUCCAAAUGUGGCCAACUUCUACUUGUCUUUUUUGCAAUGUAAUGUGCUUCUUGUAUUUCUUCUUUCCUCUCCCAGUUUGGACUCUGGAUUUAUUUAUGGCGGGCUAAACUGAAAGAAACCUAAGGCAUGAAAAGGCAAAUGUGCAAUGUUUCUGUUCAGAGUUUAAAUAAAAAAUAUGCUGCUAUAUGUGCUGUGGUUUAUUCUGAAAUCAAAAUCUUUAUAGUACUCCACUACAUUAAAUAUUGUACUUUUCACUCCCCUGCAUCUAUCUGACGGCUCCACUACACAGAUUAAGAUGCUACAUACAAAACAUGAUGAUUUUAUAAGAUGAAUAACUGGGAUAAACAUCCCAACAGAAGGCUAUAUACAAUUAAAAUGAACCAACUGCAACAGUAAUAGUCUACUUAUACUUAAAUGCAUCAGUAACAACAAUCCAAUGAAACAAUGUAUAAAAGUAAAACACUAAUAAUGGAGUAUUUUUAUUACCCAGUAGUUCUACUUUAACUUAGGGGCCUUAACUCCUCUUCCACCAUUGAUUCUACCUCCCAGUUCACACAGUAUUUCUCCCAGUGCAGUGCUGACCUCCUGUGGACACAUGAAUCACUACACACAAACUGUAUCUCUCAAUGAAAUAGUACAGGCAUAAGCACAUUUCAUUGAGACACAUUUAAAGUCAUGGAGAAAAACUGCACGAUGUAGUCAGAUUAGAGGGAGCGUUUUAACAAGAGAAUAGGAAUUGGCUGCAAAUAUACGAGUCUGUAAUCAAUAUUGCACAACUCUGGCUGUUACAGUGUUUAAUCAGAAAUAAAUAUAUGUUCAAGUCUAAAUCCUUCAUGUCUUAUUUAUACCCAAUAUAUUCAUCCAGACAAUCCUGGGUAUUAAGCUACAGAGGGAUGUAAUAGCUGCAGUGAAUUUCAUCGUCCAAGGCUGAGCUCUACUGUUGUUGAUAGGUGGCGGUGACGUCAGCAAGCCAGUGUGUGGGUGGCUGUGUGGGUGAAGAUGACUCCCAAAUGAGCUUGUGUGUAGAAAAAAAAAAAAGAAAAAUAAAAGCCUGUCAGGAAGUGAAAAGACAGGCUCUGUUAAACUCCUCUGUGGUGGUUUACCUUGAGCUCAGUGCAGUGUAGGUAGCGAAAGAGCAAAAAAA